AUCCGCCAUUUCACUUAGAAGAAGAAGAAGCUGCUACCUGUAUUUUGGAGGUAACUGAAGAGAAAGGGUUGUGUACAAGACGAUGAACCUCAACAGAAUUAUUGCUUUAUCAAAAACAGCAAAGCUCGGAAGGACUUUACUCUGGAGCCGAACUGGAAAAGAGCUGAGCGCUCGGUUUCAUCCCCCUCACCGCUGCGUCCAGUCGAGCUCGAGGAGUUUAGUGUACGCCAAAGAGCUUUUCCUCGGGAAAGUCAACAAGAAUGAAGUCUUUCCUUAUCCAGAAAUCAGCAAUGAAGAAUUGGAAGAUAUCAAACAGUUUGUUAUACCAGUGGAGAGGUUUUUCAGUGAUGAUGUUGAUUCUACAAAGAUUGAUAAGGAGGCGAAAAUCCCACCUGAAACCUUGGACGGAUUGAAAGCCCUGGGGCUCUUUGGAAUCCAGGUGCCUGAGGAGUAUGGCGGCCUUGGUUUCUCUAAUACCAUGUACGCCCGUUUGGCAGAGAUCACAGCACUUGAUGGAGCCAUCGCUGUCACACUUGCAGCACAUCAGGCCAUUGGCUUAAAGGGAAUCCUGAUUGCUGGAACUGAGGAGCAAAAAGCAAAAUACUUACCCCGACUGGCUUCAGGAGAGCAUAUCGCAGCGUUCUGUCUGACUGAGCCAGGCAGCGGAAGCGAUGCUGCCUCUAUUCAGACCCGUGCUACACUGACACAAGAUGGGAAACAUUUCCUGAUUAAUGGCUCAAAGAUCUGGAUUUCCAAUGGUGGGAUGGCAGACAUCAUGACAGUAUUUGCAAAAACUGAGGUUUUGGACAAGGACGGGCAAAAGAAAGACAAGAUAACUGCCUUCAUUGUGGAGAAAGCGUUUGGUGGGGUGACCAGCGGCAAACCGGAGGACAAGCUGGGAAUCCGAGGCUCUAACACAUGUGAGGUAACUUUUGAAAAUACAAAAGUGCCCAUAGAGAAUGUGAUUGGUGAAGUUGGUGGUGGAUUUAAGGUUGCUAUGAACAUCUUGAAUGGUGGCAGGUUCAGCAUGGGAAGUGCAUGUGCAGGAAUGAUCAAGAAGCUGAUUGAGAUGACAUCAGAAUAUGCAGGCACGAGAAAACAGUUCACCAAGAAACUUGCUGAAUUUGGCAUGAUUCAGGAGAAGUUUGCCAUCAUGGCCCAGAAUGCAUUUGUGAUGGAGAGCAUGGCAUAUCUGACUGCUGGGUUGAUGGACCGGCCUGGAGUUCCUGACUGCUCUGUCGAGGCAGCCAUAGUGAAGGUGUUCAGCUCUGAGGGUGCUUGGGUGUGUGUGAGUGAGGCAUUGCAAGUUUUAGGAGGUAUUGGAUAUACCAAGAACUACCCUUUUGAGCGCUACCUCAGGGACUGUCGAAUCCUGCAUAUCUUUGAGGGAACCAAUGAGAUCUUAAGGAUGUACAUUGCUCUCACAGGAAUGCAGUACGCAGGCAAAGUCUUAACAGGAAAAAUCAAGGAGAUGAAAAAGGGGAAUGUGGGCGUGGUCUUUGAGAUUUUGGGGAAGAAGCUGAAGGACUCUCUGGGGAGGACCAUUGAUUUUGGCCUCACUGGCAAAGACGGCGUAGUUCACCCCAGUUUGACGGAGAGCGCGAAGAUGUUUGAGCAGAACGUGGCCUUGUUCGGCUCCACUGUAGAAAGCCUGCUGUACAGAUAUGGAAAGACUAUAGUAGAUGAGCAACUAGUGCUGAAAAGAGUGGCCGAUACACUGAUGAACCUGUACGCAAUGACUGCAGUGCUGUCCCGUGCCAGUCGCUCCAUCAGCAUUGGCCUUCGCAACCAUGAGCAUGAGGUGCUGCUCGCAAACACUUUCUGCAAAGACGCUUUCUUCAAAAACAACUACUGGAUGACUCAGCUGCAAAAACAUUCUCCAGAAAACAAUGAUGCCAACAUUAAGAAGAUUGCCCAGGAAGUCCUGGAGAAGCGGGAAUAUAUCUGCUCCCACCCUCUCGAAAGAACAUACUGAUAUAGCGUUUCUAUCUUUCAAUGUAACUCUUCUGCAUUCUGAUUGGGUGUUGGACAAUUUCUGGAUAAUAGGUUGACAGCCUUUGGUUUGUCCUGCUCCCCCGUUCACUCAUACUUCAGUCCUUUUUAUUACUAAAAAUGUGUGUUAACUGAUCGGCGGCACGGUGGUGUAGUGGUUAGCGCUGUCGCCUCACAGCAAGAAGGUCCGGGUUCGAACCCCGUGGCCGGCGAGGGCCUUUCUGUGCGGAGUUUGCAUGUUCUCCCCGUGUCCGCGUGGGUUUCCUCCGGGUGCUCCGGUUUCCCCCACAGUCCAAAGACAUGCAGGUUAGGUUAACUGGUGACUCUAAAUUGACCGUAGGUGUGAAUGUGAGUGUGAAUGGUUGUCUAUGUGUUAGCCCUGUGAUGACCUGGUUACUUGUCCAGGGUGUACCCCGCCUUUCGCCCGUAGUCAGCUGGGAUAAGCUCCAGCUUGCCUGCGACCCUGUAGAAGGAUAAAGCGGCUAGAGAUAAUGAGAUGUGUUAACUGUAUAUGCACUAUAAGGCCUUGAUCUUAUUGAAAUGUACCAUGCUGUAAAUACUGAUCUCUGUAUUUUACAGUACAUAACUGUGUUAUUAACCCUUAACCUUUUGUUACUCAGCCAGUGUUCUUAAUAGAGGUUUACUUCACCCCAAUUACAAACAAUAUACGAGCAGCAUAUAUAUGGUGGAAAAAAAAAUUUAAACAGGUCCCACAGACUUGAACACUAUACAAGGGUUAAAUGAACAACAUUGUAAUAACACUUCUGUAUUGGUUAAUGCACUUUUUUUGGACAGGGAUUUGUAUAAUGUAAGACAUUAUAUAAAUGCACAGUAGCUCUGAAGCUGUACGAGCCAUUUUCAUUUUAUGUGAGCAGUUACACAGUUAUGGGUCCUUGUUUCAAUAACAUUUCGCUUGUACUGGGUAUUAGCCAAAUCUGUGUAUGUCUUGGUGGUAUCCUGAGGUUUUUGAAAUGCAUGCAAACUUUUCUCUUCAUCUGUCAGAGGCAGCGCAGUCCGCUUAUGUUGAAAGGAGUGUGGCCUCCAGUAACAUCUGUUAAAAACAAGAAAGUUCAUUUAAUUGCUUUAGUUUAUUCUUGCUCUUUAAGCCAACAGUCUUGGUGAAAUGUAUAUUUUAAGCCAGGAGUUGUUCUGGAAGUCUACACUAGAGGUUGGAAUCAGUCUUUACUCACUCAAACUGGGUCUUGCUGUGUUCACCAGCGUUCAUCUGUGUGUCCAGUGAACGGAUGUGCUCCAGUUUUUCUUCUUUCUCUGUGCCUCUGUAGGGUAUGGGCUGAAAAAUACACACACAGUGAUUCUACUAUUCUGUUUCUGAAAUGUGGAAGUUCAAAGACGCCUGUGUUUUAGGUAUACUAAAUCAAACUAUAUAUUAAGAAUUUUGACCAUUUUUCUCUGUACAUUUUGUCUUUUACGUAAGCUUCUCUUAUGUAAGUGUUUGGGUACAUAAACCUGUACCAUUGAUCUCCUCCAUGCUCUCAGAGAGAGCUUCAUAGGCUUGUCCUUCAGAAUAUCAUGUAGUUUAUCCAGGCCUACUUUUUGCAUGUGGCACUUGAACUCUGGGACUCGACUGCAACUUGCAGACGUCUUAUCAGGCAAGAUUUUUCUCCGCCAUCUGACAUACUGAGCACCUGCAGCUUGGAGCUGUUCCUGAUGCAGAGAUUCUCCUAGAAGAAGUUGAAACUGUUUAUAUUUAAAAAAAAAAAAAUGCUUAUUUGUGUUAGUGUGCUGAGAUUUUUACCUGCAAGGUGAAUUGUAAUUGGAGGUACUGGACUUGAAACAGCAGGUGGUUUCCUGUAACGCUCAAAGUCCUUGUUCCGUUUGCUCCAAGGCCAUGUGGCCCUGUCCAGGAAUGGUAUGUUCUCAUGAAGAAUGUUCUCUUUCCAUGCCUGUUCAUGAAGGACAAAUGUUCAUGUGCUAAUAAACUAUGGUUCAAACUGU